GCUGUGGAAAGCUGGCAGGUUGAUAGGGCAGUUUUACCUAUUGAGAACUCUCUAGGUGGUAGCAUCCAUCGUAAUUAUGACUUAUUGCUUCGCCAUAACUUACAUAUUGUUGGAGAAGUGAAAUAUGCAGUCCGGCAUUGCUUGCUUGCAAAUCAUGGUGUUAAAAUUGAAGACCUAAAGAGAGUUCUUAGUCACCCUCAAGCCCUUGCACAAUGUGAAAACACUUUAACAAAGCUGGGUGUUGUUAGGGAAGCUGUGGAUGAUACAGCAGGUGCUGCAAAGUUCGUUGCUGCUAAUAAGCUACAAGAUGCUGGGGCAGUUGCAAGCUCAUUGGCUGGUGAACUAUAUGGUUUGAAUAUUCUUGCCAGAGAUAUUCAAGAUGACCCUGAUAAUGUUACACGCUUUUUAAUGUUAGCGAGAGAGCCUAUUAUUCCUGGCAUUAAUAGACCGUUUAAAACGAGCAUAGUAUUCUCUUUGGAAGAGGGUCCUGGCAUGCUUUUCAAGGCACUUGCUGUUUUUGCUAUGAGGGAUAUCAACUUGACAAAGAUUGAAAGCCGACCCCAAAAGAGAAAAUCUAUGGCUGUAUUUGAAGAUGGAUGUCGUGGAUCUCCCAUGUCCUUUGAUUAUCUUUUUCAUGUGGAUUUUGAAGCAUCGAUGGCUUCAGAAAAUACUCAAAAUGCCCUUAGACACCUAGAGGAGUUUGCAACAUUCUUAAGAGUGCUCGGGAGCUAUCCAAUUGAUGUUAGCCAAACUUAAAUAAUUUUUGUACAUGUAUUCAUAGUCCUGUUAUGAAUGGAUUGGCAAUGUUUGCUUCAAGUCUGGCUCUCAAAACUGGUAAUUUCUGCAUAUUGAUCUACUUUCAGAGAUGAAACAUCUGAGAACAUUGGUGGAUGAAAAAUCGUUUUUUUCUUUUUUGUGAAGUUUACAUUUUGACUUAAUACUUCCUAAAAUGUCGGAAUAUGUUAGUUAUCAUGUCCAUACAUAGGGGAAAUGGUUUUUUUGCAACUUGGCGAUUCUUUGAAUUGUUGCAGUGUAUCUUUUGCAAAAAUAUCCUGAUUUCUUUUGGUUGAUGAAAUCAGAGGAUGCCACUUGAAGGGUAACUCCAUACCAACUACCUCAUUUAAUUUUCCUAAGAGUUUGCAUUUUGAUAUGGUAGAUUUGUUUGGUAGAGUUUAAAGAUGAGGAAUGCUUUUUCUUUUUGUAGUAAAUUAUUUCUUAAUGUGAUUGGUAAUUGAAUCACCUUUGGUUUGUGAUGAA